CCUCGCCGAGUUGCAGCGGCUGAAGUAGGAGUGCAGGUCGGCACAGUCGGUGCUGCACUCAUAGCAGCGGCCCUGGAAAUUCUUUUCCUCGUAGAAUGUGAUCUAAGGAAGGAUGGGAAGCAGAGAAUACUCUGCGAUCAUCUUCUAUGAGGACAGGAACUUCCAGGGUCGCAGCUAUGAGACCAGCAGCGACUGCCCCGACCUCAACAUGUACCUAAACCGCUGCCAGUCGGUCAGGGUGGAAAUGGGCUGCUUCGUCAUCUACGACCGCUCCAACUUCAUGGGCAACCAGAUGUUCCUGAAGAGGGGAGAGUACUCCGACUUCCAGCGUAUGGGCUCCGUGAUGGGCAUGGGGGAUAUGACCAUGCUGGAGUCCAUCCGUUCCUGCCGCAUGAUCCCAAUGCACCGGGGACAGUUCAGAAUGAGGCUGUAUGAGAAGGAGAGCUUCGGGGGCCAGAUGCACGAGCUGAUGGAAGACUGCGAGUCCAUCCAGGAGCGCUUCCGCAUGUCCGAGAUGCAGUCCUGCAACGUGAUGGACGGACACUGGCUCAUGUACGAGCAGCCCCAUUUCAGAGGCAGGAUGAUGUACGUGAGGCCUGGAGAGUACAGGAGUAUCAGAGACAUGGGCAUGAGCACCAUGAUGAGAGUUCGCUCCAUCAGAAGGAUCAUGGAUGCCUGUGAGGGUCAGCGGCAUUGA